AUGUCUUCGAAGCGAAAAGCAAAUUUCGACGACGACUUGGCAACGCCCAAUAGCAGCUCCAGACAAUCGCCACAAAGCCAAGGCAGUCGUGAUACUCCGCGCGAUUUGAGCGAGGAUCCGGACGAGCUGAACACCAUCAUUGAGCGAAACAUCCAGAAGUUCGAUAUCUCGGCCUUUCCUUACGAGCUAGGCCCGGGAUUCUCCGACCUGGCAUCUGCGCUCUUCCGACCUGAGCAAAAACAUGACUUCACGGCGCUUUCUCUGAAGCCCGACCACCAGAAUCGGCCACUACGAGUUGAUGGAUGGGGAAAACUUGUCCUCGAAAAUUUUCACCCUUUAGCACCUCAAGUGCAAGACUUCUUGGUCACGAUUGCCGAGCCCAUGUCACGGCCGACUUUCAUACACGAAUACAGGCUCACCACCCAUAGCCUCUAUGCUGCCGUCUCAGUAGGGCUGAGUCCGAAUGACAUCAUCACUACUCUUGAUCGUUUCUCCAAGAAUGAGAUGCCGCCCAAUGUCAUCAAGUACAUUCGCCAUUGUGGUAAGAGUUAUGGAAUGGUGAAGAUGGUUUUGAAAAACAACAAGUACUUGCUGGAAACCGCAGACCCAGAAGUUCUACAAAUGCUGUUGAACGACCCGCAAAUCAGACCCUGUCGCGUCCAAGGCGCCACCGAAAUAACGACAAGCGCCCCCAAGGCAGCCGGCAUCGCCAUUGCUGGCACCAAGGCUGCGGGUGGUCUCCGAGAAGCAGAAGGACUGGCAGGACGCGGACAGAACUCUGAGAGUGAACAGAAACCUAGCGGGGCUGAGGUGCAACGCGUAUUGGAUGACGAAGACAACGACGAUGAGCGAGAGAUCAUCCACGCCUUUCAGAUUAAAGACGACAAAGUUGGAAUUGUGGCAGAGAGGUGCUUGGCUCUUCAUUAUCCUGUGCUUGAGGAAUACGACUUUAGAAACGAUCACGCCAACGCAAACCUUGAAAUUGAUCUCAGACCGGGAACGCAGAUUCGACCAUAUCAAGAAAAGAGCCUUACCAAGAUGUUCGGCAACGGGCGGGCUAUGAGUGGCAUCAUUGUCUUGCCUUGCGGGGCAGGGAAGACUCUAGUUGGUGUCACAGCCGCAUGUACAAUCAAAAAGGGCGUUGUUGUGCUUGCUACCAGCAACAUGUCCGCUAUCCAAUGGAAAAAUGAGUUCAUCAAAUGGUCUAAUAUCAAUCCCGACGACAUUGCUCUGUUCUCAUCUGACAACAAGUCGGUAUUCACCGGGAACACGGGAAUCAUCAUCACGACAUAUUCCAUGGUCACAAACACUCGCGAGCGUGCCUAUAAAUCAGCCAAAAUGAUGGAUUUCCUUCAGCAACGGGAAUGGGGCCUUAUGCUACUUGACGAAGUGCAUGUCGUACCAGCUCAGAUGUUUCGGCGAGUAAUCGGCUCGAUCAAGGCACAUUCAAAGCUAGGCUUGACUGCCACCCUCCUUCGAGAAGAUGACAAGAUUGAAGACCUCAACUUCCUUAUUGGUCCAAAGCUCUACGAGGCUAACUGGAUGGAGCUUUCAGAACAAGGGUUCAUCGCCAAGGUGCAAUGUGCAGAAGUUUGGUGCCCGAUGCCAACCGAGUUUUAUGAACGAUACCUAGAAUCUGGACCUCGCAGCCGACCACUAUUCUGUGUCAUGAACCCGACCAAGUUUCAAGCGUGUCAGUAUCUUAUUAAUUACCACGAAAGCCGCGGCGACAAGAUUAUUGUCUUCUCAGAUAAUGUGUAUGCGCUUGAGGCCUAUGCAAAGAAGCUAAUGAAGCCAUUUCUUUUUGGCGGAACAGGCAAUGCUGAACGCCAGCUAAUCCUGGACUACUUCAGAAACUCGCCACAGUGUAGCACCCUCUUUCUGUCGAAAAUUGGAGACACGUCCCUGGACCUGCCGGAGGCAACAUGCUUGAUACAAAUCUCCGCACAGUAUGGAUCUCGUCGUCAGGAAGCCCAGCGCCUUGGUCGAAUAUUGCGGGCUAAGCGUAGAAAUGAGGAUGGAUUCAACGCUUUCUUCUACUCCCUAGUGUCCAAGGAUACCGUUGAAAUGGUGUAUUCCUCAAAGCGACAGGCCUUCCUGGUCGACCAGGGCUAUGCAUUCAAGGUCAUCACACAGCUGAAGGACAUGGACAGGAUGCCUGAUCUGGCUUUCGAUACUGCUCAGGCCAGACGUGAGCUUCUCCAAAAAGUCGUCAUCGAAGUUGAAAGCAAGUCUUGGAAAGAAGAGGAGGCAAAAGAGAGCGCAGGCCUUUUGGAAGAUGGAAACAUGUUCUACGGCCCGGAUGGGAAGCCGCUGCGUAAGGGUGCCAGGAGAACAGCCGGUGUCCUCAAAGACCUCAGCGGCGGACAGGACAUGGCAUAUAUCGAGCGAAACAAGAGUGCGAACAAGUCGAUGAAAUUGAAGAACGGGCAACGCCACAAAUUCUUCAAGUCGAUUGCGCGGGAAAACGAAAGAAGGAGGAAACUUGAGUAA